GUAAGUGCGCGCCUCGCUCGUAUAUAGUCGCUGAAACGACGCGUUCGCGUUUCGACACGAGCGCCGAGGCAGUCAGCCAGCCAGGCAACCGACCGACCGACCGACCGACCAACCAACCAGCCAGCAGCCAACCAUCCAGUCGACCGGGUCAUUAUGACUGCCAGGCUAACGCCAACGGGCUAUGCAUCAUUAAUGGUCCUCGUGCCACUACCGGCCGCGGCUCCCACGAUACACGGCCGCGUAUAUAUUCAGCGCCGCCGCCGCCGGAUCGUUCCGCGUAUUUUCAUAAUUUUCUACCGGGUGUCCGCGAAGCACCGCCGUCCGUUGAUCAGCAGAGGUGCGGAUGAAGCGGUCCAAGCGAGACGCGCCGGAGGUCGUUUCGAGUGAUGUUCGACCGAGACACUUCGGGGGCAAAUUUUCUCCCAUUAUUUCGGACAGUCCAUUUUCCGUAUUAAGUUUUAGACGAGUCGAGUCGCGCGAGACGUCGGAGGGGCCGAGAGGGAACGUGGAAAUCUGGAGCGGAGGUGUAUUUCUUGCUGCGAAUUUCGAGGAUCGAUUUUUCCGCGGCGGAAAUUUCAUUGACCGCUCUCCGGCAGUCCGGCGUAAAAGCAUUGAAGACAAGCCUCGCUCUGGACAGCCAAAAAAAUUCGAGGACAAAGAAGAGCUGCUACAACCUGUAACUUACCUCCACUUACUUUUGGAUUUAGCAAAAUCAACGACACUCAAGAAUCUCAGUUAA